AUGGACACCAACCCUGGUAUAGAUCCAGCAUCUGUAUCAAAGUCCAAAUCCUCCACCUAUCAUGAGAUCCACGUCCACGGUCUCACGGCAAAAGCCUAUCUGAACCAGCCAAUCGAAGACCUCAUCCCAUAUCGAUUCCUCAAAAAGGCAGACAAGUCACCCGUCGUCCAACGAAACGCCUGGAUUUUUCGAUCGGGAGAAGAAGACGUACGCCACAAGAACCUGAAUCGAUGGUCGCAGAUUGAUAUCCGGUAUAGAGGAGUGUUUAAAACGCUUCAGAAGGUGCCCAAGUUUAAGAAGGGUUUGUAUGAUGGUGGGGAAUGUGAGGUGAGUGCGAAGAAGCUCAAGGACAGUACCAGAGCACAGGGACAGGUGAUUUAUGCUCUUCUUGAUGAGAUUCUUGGGAUGAUGCGUGUUCGACGACAGACGGUGGAUGACAAGUCGUAUUUUCAUCUUUGCCCUAGAUUGCUGUCCUGUCAGAUGGAAUAUUGGACUGGCUAUCGUGAGCGGUACCAGGAUGCACCAUAUACCGCUGGCUUUAUUUCUCUCGACUUUUGUCCUGAAGCGGCGACUUGUGACCCUGUUCUUCCAGUUUCGACGACAAAAUCUCAGGAAUCACUUCAGUCCUCUCUGGAAGGAAAGUUCAAGCUCAUCCUAUGUCAAUUUCUCUUCCACAUUCAUAUAUUGCAUCCCCCGGCCGACAAAUUUCCCGACCAAGAGAUCUUCCUCCUCGGCAUGCACGGCUCCCGAUUGCACAUCUUCCGGGUCUAUUUCCCGGGCCAGAAGACCUCCCAUCUAUGGUGCGGCAGGCACAUUCCCUCCAAAGCCAACCUAUUCACGAGUUCGGUGGUCACUGGAGGAGGCCCGCCGUCAAGUAACGAUAGAUUCUACACCAAGCAGAACAUCGAGAGAGUCCUCGAGGAAGUCGAACGUAUCAAGCUCUCCACAGUCGACGGUGAUCCCGAUCCUCGCACGUUCCGCCUCCUCGGCACUAAGGAAUAUAACCUGUGGAUGAAAUCCGAUUUCCGCGCUGCCGUGAGAGCCUUGGUAGCAUUAAACUUUUACUUGAUGAGCGGAGAGGCCAAAUGCGGUGUUCUCCAGAAGAUCUUUGAUCGAUACCCGUAUCACGAAGAAAGCGAGCCCGAGACGGAGGAGCAGGAGAAUGCGCGUCUGUUGAAGAUAAUGAGAGACCAGGACGAUGUGGUAAUGCAAGAACAGGAUCUGGAGAAGAAAGAACAGAUGAAGCGGAAGGAAGACCAAGAGCGAUUUUUGGCUCGCGAGUCUAUGCGCGCUUCCGCUGAUGAUCGCAUCAGUGGGUUUAAAAAUGCUCGUCAGCCAUGGUGGGAUUGGGUAUGGGAUGAUGGCGAGCCUGAUGCUAAUAUUGGGAAAGAUAUUGGUGAUAUGGUAUUUCUUGGUCCUUGA